AAAAAAAAAAAAAGAAAGCAAAAUAAAACACUCUUCAUUGCUCUUGCUCUUGUGGUUGGUUGCAGUCGUAGAGACGGCAGAAUCAACUCAUUUUGCUGUUGCAGAAGCGUCAAGAAGAAGAAGAAGAUCAGCAAAAGCAACGAUUCUUCCUCAUUAAUGCGUUUCCAUUAAGAUUCGUCACUCUCUCUCUCUCCACUGGAUGUUGAAGUUUGCUUGAAGCCUUCGCCGCCAUUGAUUCUCCACUAGAAAGUGGAAAAGGCGCAGCAAAAAGAGGACAAUCUUUCGCAAGUAUAAAGCCGGGGAGUAAAGAUCCAUCUGUGUGUGGUAGAGGCUGAAGAUGAGGAGGAUGUUGCUAUUAGCUGUGGCUCAUUUGCUGUGUUUUCUGCAAUGGAGUUUUCCGGCAUUCGCAAUCUUAGACCCCGUCGAUUUCCUGGCGCUCCAGACGAUUAGGCGAGGACUUGACGACCUGCCGGGCUCCGAUUUCUUCUCGUCCUGGGACUUCACUUCGGAGCCGUGCAACUUCGCCGGCGUGUACUGCGACGGCGACAAGGUGAUUGCUCUGAAUCUCGGCGAACCGACGGCUGGUUCGCCUGGUCUCACCGGCCGGAUCGAUCCUGCCAUCGGAAGACUCUCCGCUCUCGCCGAGUUCACCGUCAUCCCCGGUCGGAUCUUCGGCGUUCUGCCGGAUUCCAUGUCGCAGUUGGCGAACCUCAGGUUCGUCGGCAUUAGCAAGAACUUCAUCUCCGGCCAGAUUCCAGCGAAUCUCGGCAAGCUCCGGGGACUUCAAACGCUCGAUCUCAGCUACAACCAGCUGACCGGAAGCAUUCCCUGGUCAAUCGGAGCUCUGCCGGCGCUUUCCAACGUCAUUCUCUGCCACAAUCGCCUCUCCGGUCCGGUCCCUACGUUCGCUUCCCAAACCCUAACUCGGCUCGACCUGAAGCACAACAAUCUCUCCGGUCCACUCAACCCGGCCUCCCUUCCUCCCUCGCUCGAAUACCUCUCAUUGUCCUGGAACCUCUUAGACGGACCGGUGGACCAGCUCCUGUCCCGGCUCAACCGCCUGAACUACCUCGACCUGAGCUUGAACCGGUUCACGGGCGGAAUCCCGGGCUGCCUAUUUAGCUUCCCAAUCUCAAGCCUCCAGCUGCAGCGCAACUCGUUCUCUGGCCCGAUCCAACCAGGUGAUCAGGUGGCGAUUCCAACCGUUGAUCUGAGCUACAACCGGCUAUCGGGGCAAAUCUCCCCAAUGCUGUCGACCGUCCAGAAUCUGUACCUGAACAACAACCGGUUCACGGGUCAGGUGCCUGUCAGCCUGGUGGACCGGUUGCUGGCGGCGAACAUUCAGACGCUGUACCUACAGCAUAACUUUCUGAGCGGGAUUGAGAUCGAUCCGACGGCAGAGAUUCCGGUAAGCAGCUCGCUGUGUUUGCAGUACAAUUGCAUGGUUCCGCCGGUUCACGCGCCUUGUCCAUGGAAGGCCGGGUUGCAGGUCACAAGGCCGGCGGCUCAGUGCACUCAUUCAGCUGGAGUCAAGGGGUAAAAUUCUGGCUUCAUAGGGGGGGUAAAAUGGGGAAAUCAAACUAUUAUAUAUAAGAUAAAAGUCGUUGUCAUGUAGUAUGUUUUCAUUUUAUUUAUUUUUUUAUUUUUAGAAUUCGUUUAUUCAUUUUUGUGAGUAAACCCAGGAAGGAAUGAACUAAUAUUUGUUUAUUAAUUUCAUGAUAAAUUUUUUUAUAAUGAUUAUUUUACUUUUCUAAUCCUCGUUUGGAUGGACUUUUUGUGAACCCACCUGAAGUGGGGGCCCUCAGGUGG